AGUAGUUGUGGUUUAUGGCGCCAUGGUGGACCUACCGCACCAUUUCUACAUAUGGUAACAGCAUUGUGCCUGUUAUUACCGAAGCUAUUAAUGGAAGCACGUCUUAUUGAAGCCGGUUUUCUACCAUUAGAAUCAAUAUGGAAAACAGAUUUGGAUUUUAUGGUAGUCCAUCGAGAUCGUCUUGUAGUAUUAAGUUUCAUGACUGGAAUUUCAGUAAAUGGUUCCACACCAAAUGUUCCAUUAAAUACGCCUCCACUGUCAUCUUUAUACACAAAUUCAUCAAGUAAUUAUACAUCAUUUUACAAUAAUUUCACGGGCAUGGUAGAUGGUCCACGAAGCCAACCGUUUAGCAUGGUUCAAACUUUAAAGAAUAUUCUUGGACCUGAAAAUAUUGAAGUUGAUGCUACCGGUCCAGAUGCUGGAUGGGGUAGUUCUGUAAGUGUGGAAUAUUUAAACUACGCCGUAUCAUUACUAGUAUAUUCAGUUCGAUAUCCGUCAGUAUUUUGGAGUACGAAUAAAUGUUUUGGAGCAUUAUUUUCAUUUCAAUUACUUACAAAUGGUCUCCAAAGUUUAUUAGCGUAUGCUGGCAUGUCAAUAUUAUAUAAAGUACAAAUGAUUGGCCCAGCAAAAGCAUUACCAUUGCUUCGACAUCAUCCAGAUCGUGGCAUGUCCAUGUUUACAACUUCAUUUAAAUCACCAUUCUUGUUGAAUCCUCAUGUAACAUUGGGAUUGUUUAUUCUGUCAGGAUUAUUGAUUUUAACAUCCAGUUUGGUGUUAUACCUGUACGGUUAUGGAAGAUUUAAUGCUUUUAUAAAUCAUGAAAGGCAUAGAAAAAUCAUUGAAUUAAAAUCAACAAACAAUGCUGGCUGGAGCUAUGUAACUCAUUGUGCGGCUCUUUGCGUGUUAUUAUCUGUCGGUGUUUGUAAUGCUCCAUUAUUGCAUGAUUACACAGUCGUUUAUCGAGGGAGCUUAGAUGGUGCAAUAUUAGCUUGCAUAAUAGGUGGUUUAUUACAUUUGUUUUCGUGGAUUGUACUUUGGUUAUUUUUGACCAUUAAACAAAAAUGGAUUUUCAAGUUACGUGUAACUGUCGGUCGUGCAGCAGUUCGAUCAGCGAAGUCUGUGAAGCUAGUUACCGAUGUUGAUUUAAUCACCUCGCACCGUGGAAGUUGUGAUGAUUCAAGUUCAUCUCCAUUGUUAGUUGUUGGAAACGGUCGUACUUACACAAUUAAAGAUACUUCACCGAAAAAGGCUAUUAUGUCAGUUAUACAAAAAGCAGCAUUGGAACGAAAAGCACGUGCUACUGAAUCUCAAAAUGAAGGAGAAGAACCUGAAGGUGAAGAACAAAUCUACUGGCUACGACCAGCAUUAAUAUCUCCAGCAAGGUCCCCGGAAAAUGAAAAAGUUGGAUGGUUUAAUAAGAAAUUAGGAAAUACGAAGCAUAAGGUCACCUUUAACGACAUCCCCAGUACGUCCUCAUCUCGUAAUAAAACAGGAUUCGCCAAGGCCAGAAAUCGGUCCGGAAACGGGGUGGACGAAGAUGACGGCGAUUAUGCCACCUUGCGGGAACUUCCACUUGCACCCACAUUAAUUGACCCAGGCGAAGAUUCAACAUCAGAGGAAGGAAAGUUACUUGCUUGUAUGCAAGAUGAAAGUGUUACAUAUGCAAGUACUAGUAGAGAUUUGGUACCUCCCGUAGAGUAUGAAGAUCCUAGUCCUUUAUUAACACCCGAACCAUUAUCGGAUCGAGAUGAACCGGAUGGUAUGCCAGCAUCUACAACCGUCAUCACGCAAUCAACAUGUCCAACCGCUGAUAAUAAUAUCACAACUGCUCCAAUAAAUGUUGUUAAUGUGCAGCUAGUGGCAGCGGGACAGGCAACUGGCAAUACACCACGAUGUUUACGACGAGCAGAUUCUGGAAUGCCACAUGAUGAAAUUACACCACGUUCAGAUUCAAUUACAGCAUCUGAAGCGUCAUCAGUAUCCCCACCAGAACCACCAGGAAGUAAUCAUAGUGAAAGUUCCAGUGGCGUACACUCAAAUGCUAGUUCCGAACGACCUCAAAUCAAACCUGCUGUUGAAGAUUCCCAACAAGUAUGGCCACCUGCUCAACCAUCUCCACAUAAAACAUCUUACACACCUCCAUUAGUAUCAAGCCCACAGCCAUUUUCCCCUAACAUUACACCACAACCCAUAUAUGGUUUUUCAUCAUCAGGAAUAAAUUCUCCGAUAUACGUAUCCAGCACAAAUACGUCUAUAAAUGGAGAUGUUCCUGAACACGGAGUUCCUGCAGUCGUGUUAGAAUCAGAAAGUACGGUUGUAAUACGGCGUAAGCCAUCAACAAGGCCUCCGCCAGAGGCAGUAGUUCCCAUUGUGAAAGAUGAAUCAUUCGGAAGGCCUACUAAUAUGCGUAUGACAUCAUUUACAGAACACAAUGCAGAAGCUUUGCGAAAUACGCAAGCAUCAUCGGCUACGUUGCCACAUUACCCUACACAACCAAUACCCUCUUCGAUGGCAUAUCCACAUUGUUCAACUAUGCCAUUACCACAACAUUCCACAAAUAAUAUGCCUCAAGUUCAACCUCCGUUAAACAGUGGCACAAGUUGCAACGCAUUCCCACGACAUCAUACGACCAUCCCAUCACAAUUGAAUGGUGUACGAUUAUAUCCGGGUAAUGCAGCUGUUGCUCCAAGUCCUUUUGUUAAACGAUUUCCAUCAUACUUACAUCAAAACGGCUUACAUGCUCGUAUUACUGCGGCAGAAUCGAUUUAUGGCAACGCGGGAAAUGGAACUCGAAUAUCGGGUGAAAUUUAUCACUAUAAUUCGUAAAAUUUAAUAAUAAAUUGGCGAUUCAAUUCGGCAAUCAAAUAAGAUUUUUGUGUAAUUGGCAUGACAGUCAUUUUGCUG